UGUUUCUUGCUUAAAGCUUUCAAUCACUCUUCCUCAUCCUCUCUUUCUCUUCCUAAAAAAUAUGAUAGGAACUUCAGGCUACCAGCUUAGAGAGAGACAGAGACAGAUAGAUAUAUAGUUACACACAAACACACACACUAUAUACAUAAUAUAUAUAUAGAGAGAGAGAAGAAAGAGCCACAAAGGGACUGAGUUGAGGGUCAUUUACAGAUAGGUACACCACAUAUGUACUGACCUAGCCCAUAAGUGUAUAUUACUGUAUGAUCAUGGAUAGUGGAAGUAAUAAUUCUAUGCGAAGCCCAAAUUUCCCCUUUGAAUUACUACAGAAAAGAAAUCCGGCAGAAGCUAGUUCCAGCUCAACUUUUCCUUCAGAUUCAGGUAAUUUGGAAGCACAAAAGAAGCCUCAGUCAAAAAGAAACUCAACCAAGGAUAGGCACACCAAGGUUGACGGCCGGGGUCGCCGGAUCCGUAUGCCGGCAAUAUGUGCUGCUAGGGUUUUCCAGCUUACUAAAGAAUUAGGCCACAAAACGGAUGGUGAAACCAUCGAGUGGCUGCUCCAGCAGGCGGAGCCAGCAGUGUUUGCCGCCACGGGUACAGGAACCAUCCCGGCUAAUUUCAGUUCACUAAACUUAUCGGUUAGAAAUUCUGGCUCCACCAUGUCAGCGCCAUUACAUUUGAGGAAUAAUUAUUUUAAACAGAGCUUGAGGAGUAGUAUUGAAGAUUCACAGAAGAGAGUUUCGUUUUCUGAAUUUGGAUUAUCGUCAUCUGAGAAUAAUCCAUUGAAUUGCCCUGAUGGGAAUAUAAGUGUGAGUUCUAUGAUACAAGCAAAGCAAGAACAGGCAGUUCAAACUCACAUGUUACAGUCGAGUACCGGGCUGAUUCCGGCGAGCCAUGGUCAGAUUCCGCCGCAGACAUUUCUUAUGGUGACGAAUCCUAGUAGCCAAGUGACGAGUGGUGAUUCUUUAUGGUCAUUUCCAGCUACUGGAAACUCUAGUACUACGUAUAGGGGAAGUUCAAUGCCUAGUGGUGGAAUACAUUUUAUGAAUUUUCCUACACCUUUGGCACUUUUACCAGGGCAGCAUUUGGGUAUGGGAAAUGGUGGUGGCAGCGGCAGUGGCGGCGGAGGGACAGUGGUGGAUGGACAUUUAAGCAUACUAGCGACGCUCAAUGGAUUUAGGCCCGGAGGUUCCGAGAGUUAGGCGACUGGCCAUGGUGCAGAGGGUCAUGAUUAACACAUUACAACACUUAUGAAUUGGAUUCACUAAGUGUAUGAUUUAUGCCCUUUUCUAAUUUUCACUGUUUACUCUAAUAGGGAAUCCAUAUAUAUUUGAAUUAUAGGUGAGCUGAAAAUAUCUUUGUUUUAUAUAUUAAAUUGCUUGAAUUUCGAGUUUUAUCUAGCUAUUUACAUUUUAAUGCUUGUCCUUUAGGGUUUUGUGAGGAAUAUAUAAAAUGCAAUCGAUUGCCAUU